CUGCCUGUCGCGCCUGCGUGCGUCUGGAGUCUGGGUGUAACUUUGCCCCUCCCUAAAUCCUGGUACCUUCCAACGAGUGGGAGAGGGGACCGGUCACAGGUUCUGGGCCCCUGAGGCCUUGGGUACAGGCCGCCAUGAGUAAGCGGAAGGCGCCUCAGGAGACUCUUAACGGGGGCAUCACGGACAUGCUCAUGGAACUUGCAAACUUUGAGAAGAACGUGAGCCAGGCCAUCCACAAAUACAAUGCGUACAGAAAAGCAGCAUCUGUUAUAGCAAAGUACCCACACAAAAUCAAGAGUGGAGCAGAAGCUAAGAAAUUACCAGGAGUAGGAACAAAAAUUGCGGAAAAGAUUGAUGAGUUUUUAGCAACUGGAAAAUUGCGUAAACUGGAAAAGAUUCGGCAGGAUGAUACAAGUUCAUCCAUCAAUUUCCUGACUCGAGUUAGUGGCAUUGGUCCAUCUGCUGCAAGGAAGUUUGUAGAUGAAGGAAUUAAAACAUUAGAAGAUCUCAGGAGAAAUGAAGAUAAAUUGAACCAUCACCAACGAAUUGGGUUGAAAUAUUUUGAGGACUUUGAAAAAAGAAUCCCUCGCGAAGAGAUGUUACAAAUGCAAGAUAUUGUACUAAAUGAAGUUAAAAAAGUGGAUUCUGAAUACAUUGCUACAGUCUGUGGCAGUUUCAGAAGAGGUGCAGAGUCUAGUGGUGACAUGGAUGUUCUUCUCACCCACCCAAACUUCACCUCGGAGUCUGCUAAACAGCCCAAGUUGUUACAUCGUGUUGUGGAACAGUUGCAAAAGAUGCAUUUUAUUACCGAUACUCUGUCAAAGGGGGAUACAAAGUUCAUGGGUGUCUGCCAACUUCCCAGUAAAAAUGAUGAAAAGGAAUGUCCACACAGAAGAAUUGAUAUCAGAUUGAUACCCAAAGAUCAGUAUUACUGUGGUGUUCUCUACUUCACUGGCAGUGACAUUUUCAAUAAGAAUAUGAGAGCUCAUGCCCUAGAAAAGGGUUUCACAAUUAAUGAAUAUACCAUCCGUCCUUUGGGAGUUACUGGAGUUGCUGGAGAACCCUUGCCAGUGGAUAGUGAGAAAGAUAUCUUUGACUACAUCCAGUGGAAAUACCGAGAACCCAAGGAUCGAAGUGAAUGAGGCCUAUUCUUCCUCCCAGUCAUAGCCCAGUAGGAGUCUUAAUUUAUUUCUUAACCUUUGCUUUGUAAGGGUCUUUGUUUUUAAAUGAUUGCUUUGUCCCCAUGCCUAGCUUGUACAAUAGUCAAUAAAACUUCUUGCAUUGCUA